UUGCGAUUCAAGAUGUCCGAUUCUCAGUCCUCAGCCUCAGCCUCAGCUGCGGCUGCACCUUCACCUUCACCUUCCAAUGGCAAGGACAAGCCGGAUACCGGCUUUGUCUCGGGUGAUGAUACGUGGACCCAGUUCAAGAAUAUCUACUCCAUCCUGACAGGAAAGAUGUCUCCGGAUGGCAUCGAACAGUUCCGACUUGCGCGCGAUAUUCGGAAUGAAGAGGCUGACUGCAAACGCUGUGAUGAGCAAAAAGAAUUUCUACUUCAAUAUAGCCCCGUCAUCCGUUACCUGAGCGAUAACAUCAAGCAACUGGGAGGCGACCUCCACAACCAUAAUAUCUACUGCCGCCGCUGUACAGACCGCAAGGGCGGCGGUUUCGACCCGGAAUAUGGAAUCCUGAUUUGCGCCAACGAGAUGAAAGACCAGGGUCAUUUGGAAGAUACCAUGGCUCACGAGAUGGUUCACGCGUUCGAUCAUCUGCGGUUUAAGGUCGAUUGGUCUAAUAAUCUGCGACAUGCCGCUUGUACAGAGGUAUGUCUGACUCUGACUCUGAGAUAUUUGCGCGAUGCAGUUACACACCUCUUGGUUGUAAUCGCACCCAUGGCACGAAGUGACCGACUAAUCCAAUCCAAUCCGUUGCAGAUUCGAGCUAGUUCACUCAGUGGCGAGUGUAGAUGGUCACGAGAAUUCUUCCGAAGAGGGCAAUGGAAAUUGACCCAACAACACCAAGAGUGUGUUCGUAGGAGAGCGAUUCUCUCCGUGCGUGCUCGACCUACCUGCAAAGACGAGGCGCAUGCGACUCAAGUGGUCAAUGAAGUUUGGAAUAGCUGUUUCCGAGACACGAGGCCGUUUGAUGAAAUUUACAGAUGA